AUGGCUCGGAUGGAAAGAUAUUAUGCUAAGAAAGAUGCAUCAAAUAGUAAUACAGGAAAUAAAGAGACAGAGAGUCGGCUUGAACAGAAAAGACCGAGGAUUGAACUUGAUUUGAGAGAUAUAGUUGAUGAUCCAGGCAAUAGAAAGCCAAUUGAUGAGUUUCAUCAUGGCAUUAGGGAUGAGGCUAGGAGAGCGUAUCUACAGAAAGGUCCAUAUAGGCCAACUGGUCAUAAGUUUCCAAAAACAAAAGUCAAUGGUAAAGGUCAAGCAAGAGGAUUUGUUGGAUCAUGGUUUGAUCAAUUUGAUUGGUUAGAAGUGCAGUGUAGCCAAGGAUCUGACCUAUUGCUUUUAUUGCUAUCUCUUUAA